AUGGACGAGUCAUGGAGGUGCACGAUGGGUGCGGUGCUGCCACGGCAGCGCUCGUCGGACGGCCAGCACGGCGCCGGCGCCGGCCACCAGGGCCUCGCUCCCGACGAUUUCCGGGACGUGUUCGGCGGCCCGCCGCGCACCGUGCUUCUCAGCAGCUUCUACGGCGACACCGCCGCUGACUACCACGCAGCGGCAGGACACGGCGGCCAGUACCCGCACAACUACUCCUACGGUGGCGCCACCGACGCCUUCUGCCGCCGUGACGGCCGGAGUAAGAUGCCGCCGGCGGCCGUGCCCACCGAGGAGGGCUUCUUCGACGACAUCUUCGGUGCACGCACCCGCCACGCGCAGCGGUCGAGGUCGAGGUCCAAGUCGACCAAGUCCUCGUCGGUGGUCAGCUCCGACGAGUUUGGCUCUGGACGCUCGGCCUUCCGAUCGGUGGCCACCGGCGGCGGCCGCGGCGACGCCGCUCUCUCCUCUUUCGCCUCUAAGCUCAGGCCGAUCGCGAUCCCGUCGCGCCGGUACGACUCGUCGCCGCCGUCGACGGCAUCGACGAGGGGAGAGUACCAGAGCACCUUCACGUGCUCGACGGCCGCGUACCCGGCGUGCCGUUACUACUACGGCAACGGCGGCGACUGGACGAACCAGAGCAGCAGCACGGUCUCAGUGAGCGGCAACGGCGCAGCCGCGGAGAGCUCGUCGGCCACCGCCCCGCGGCACCACCGCGGCGCGAGCAGCGGCUUCUGCUGCUUCACGUCGAACCCGGAGACGAGCAGCCGCGAUCCCAGCUUCCGGCGGACGCAACGGUGCGGCGCCAGGGCGGCACAGCCACCGGCAGACGAAAGCUCAGCCACCACCGAGUGCUCCGGCGCCGCCGACUACGGGUGGUACUACUCGCCGUCAUCGGCCGCAUCGUCGUCGCUCUUCGGCAACCCGCCACCGCGGAGGACGCCACACCAGCUGGAGGAGGCGGUGAUGACGCACAGACUGGAGGAGGCGAUGAUGAUGGAGGUGAGGGAGCGGGCGCCGCUGCUGAUGGACGACGACGGCGACAUUGACAGCGUGGGCGCUGCUGCCGUGGACGAGGCGAUUGCGUGGGCCAAGGAGAGGUUCUGGAGUCAGGCCUAG